AUGGCUCGCUUAGAAAGUGCUAACAACUGGAUUGCCGAGCUACCUACUGUGCUAAUGGGUCUACGAGCCGCCGUGCGCACUGAUACCGGCACCAGCGCCGCGCAGCUCACUUUCGGCCAAGCAUUGCGCUUACCCGGCGAUUUCAUAUCACCAUCACCGGCAGCGAAGGCAAUGGAUUAUAGCUUCGUCGAUCACCUUCAUGACGUGAUCACGAGGUUAACGCCUACAUUUAGGCCACAUUCAAGCAAUCGUGGCAUGUUCGUGCACAAUGACUUGACAACAUGUAGUCACGUGCUGCUACGCGACGACGCCGUCCGCAAACCGCUGCAGCAGCCGUACAAGGGCCCGUACAAGGUCAUUGAUCGCAAUGAGAAGUACUUCACCGUCCAGCUACCGGGAAGAUCCAGCACCAUCUCGAUCGACCGGCUAAAACCGGCGUACACGCUCAACAUCGAUGAAGAUAACCCGCCUGCACCCGCUCCAGCUCCACCGGCAUCAGACGUCGCCACCAGCCGAUCUCCGAGUCCUUCUACGAGCAACGACGCCACUGCUACACGUCGCACGAGAUCGGGCCGAGCCGUGAAGUUGCCGGUACGCUUCGCUAGGGGGGGAGUACUGUAG